AAUGCCACCAUCAGUAGUGCGUGCUUUGUGAGUCGAGUCAGAUGCUCAGAUCAGAUCAUCUCCUCGGCAAGGAUGAUGAGAUGUGUCUAGUCGUCUAUCCUAGCUAGGUCGUGGGGAAUUGCCAACUGCUUGAUCUGAUUGGUGAUCUCUUCUUAAUCACCCUCCAGCUCCAACCCAGAUCCAGGAGGGAGGGAGAUGAGCGGCGGCCAGGUCCAGGAGGAGGACAAAGGAGCAGGGGGCUACGGCACCUUCCAGGGCCCGCCCAGCUACCCGCCCCCGCGCCCGCCGCCCCUCGGCUUUCCCCAGCCCGUCCCGCCGCCAGCCCACCACCGCGCCGCCGCUCCCGGUGUGCGUGGACAUGGUCACGACCGCCUCCCUUGUUGCGGCAUCGGCUUUGGCUGGUUCCUGUUCAUACUCGGCUUCUUCCUUGGUGCUAUUCCCUGGUAUGUUGGAGCCAUUCUUCUGUGCUGUUCCAGAGUGGACCACAGGGGAAAACCAGCCUAUGUCGCAUGCACAGUAGCUGCAAUCCUCGCUACAAUUGCUGUGACCAUUGGGGCGACUGCUGGAGCUCAUUUUUAUUGACUUUUUUAUUUACACUGUAUUGUCAUUGUACAUAAUAUCAUCUCAUGUUCUUCAUUGUAAUGGCUUAUUUUGUUUUGCAUUUCGAUUCUUAAUGUUUAACGAGGAAAAAAACAUUGUUAUAUGGUCAUAAAUAAAUCAGACCGAGAUGGCUUUGCCUUGUGAA